AUGAAAGAACAAAAUCAAUUAUUGAUUUAUACAAUAAUGUUCAAGGAUGGUAUUGAUGGAAAUAAUAAUGUUCCACUAGCACACGCUAUAUUAACAGAUCAUACAGUUCCGGGUAUCGGUUAUUUUCUUGGCAAUGUAAUUCAUAGUGUCAAUCAAGUGACAACAAAGAAAAAACUACGCCCACAUUCAUUUAUCGUUAUCGAUUUUUCUGCUGCUCUUAUGAAUGCCGCUCUUCAACAAUUCAAUAUUGAAACUGUUAACAGACAUCUCAAACGAUGCUGGAAUGUUAUACAUGGCAAAUAUAGUGCUGAAAUUAUUCGAUCAUCAUCUUUUAUUCAUUUGUGCUGUUGUCACGUUAUGCAUGCCGUUGCAAGAAGUCUGAAUGCUGAAAAAAUUGAAAAGAAAACGCGUGAAGCAGUAUUAUAUAUAUUCGCUUAUAUGUUAUGUGGCAAUGAUAUAAAUCAAUUAUAUAAUACAUUGGGAUUAGUGAUUGAUAUAUUCGGCGAUCCAAAUGAACAGAACGCAAAAAAGAAGCUUGAUCGAAUAUGUUCUCUUCAAUUAAACGUUGAUGAAGAAAGUGAGUCAGUUUUAAAGGAUUUUGAUAAUAUUUUUAAAACAGCUGAAAAGAAAGAAGAAGAAUUAAAACUUGUCGAUGAAUAUUUUGAUUCCAAUGAACCUAUCAUUCAUCAAUCACCAUUCAAUAAAGAAGCUAUCAAACGUUAUCCAUUGCUGAAUGAGAUAGUAAUUAAAAAAAAAUAA